CAUACCGACCGUCCAUGCCAGCAAUCCUCGAAGACCCCUCAUCGCCAUUGAUCCCUGCAAAGCCGGUGGAUCUGAGCCUCAUCAAAAGUUAUGAGGUGUCAGGGAAGGGGUAUAUUGUGCCAUUCCACCCCAGCAAUCCUGUCCCGCCGAAAGCGCUAGUCAAAUUACUGUCACGGGAGAUGAACGACGAGAUUGAACGAGGUGACACGUAUCCGAUGGAGAGCCCAUUUACGCCUGAGGCCUUUGGCGCAUAUUGGUUUGGUACAUUCUGUGUGGUGUUGUUCAAGAACCUUCCUCCUCAGGACCCCCAGGCGGAAUUCGAUUGGGCGGCCAAUGUACUGGGGACAUUUUACAUCAAACCCAAUUAUCCUGGGAGAUGUUCACAUGUGUGCAAUGCCGGAUUCUUGGUCCCGCAUGCUGGACGAGGAAUGGGCAAUGCUCAUGUGUUGGCUGAUGCAUUUGAGCACUAUGCCCCCAAACUGGGCUACCGACAAUCCAUCUUCAACCUCGUCUUCGAGACCAACGUUUCAAGUUUGAGGAUCUGGGAUUCACAUGGUUUCGAGAGAGUCGGUCGCGUGCCCGGAGCAGGUCGUCUAAAAGGGCAGGACAAGCUGGUGGACGCGAUCAUCUUUAGCAAGAUAUUCAACACGGAGGAGGAAAAGUCAUAGAUUUCAUCGUUUCCAUUCAUAUCUAGCGAAGGCAGACAUGGUGUCGCAACACUUACAUGCAAUGAAUGCU